GCGAUGGACGCGUUUGACGGUGGAGCCGGUGAAGACACGGGUGAAGCCGAGACUAUUAGUGUGCAGAGCCUGUAUGCCACGCUCGGCCUGUCAUCCGAAGAUGUGGAUGCACUCGCACAGAUUCCCGAAAGCGAAAUCAGCGUGGAGACCCUCCCUCAUCUAAUCAUGCAGCUCAAAGCCAAGAGAGCCCUUAAAGAGUCAGCUACCGCAGACACCGACUGCAGAGACAAGUCCAGGCUUUCACAGGACAAGCGGAGUACACCCGAGAGAUGCACCAGCGACAGACGCAGAAGCCCCGAGUCUUCCAGCUCAGCGCGGCGCUCCGGGAGCCACGAGCAUCACGGGAAAGGGGAGGGGCACAGGAAGUUUGAGAGGUACGCGGGAGGAAGAAGAGACCCGGCUCACAGGAAGUCAUCCCGAGAAAGACAAAGUGGGGAUCAUGUGGCUGUGGAGACGGAGUCAAGCGACAACCCGACCGUUUUCCCACACAAAUGCCCUCUUUGCAAGUGUAUGCUGAAUUCCAUAAAGACAUGGAGAGACCAUCUGUCAGGUGUCCGACACAAAUUACAUGAAUCCGAACGAAGCUCUCGCUCAUUUCAACCCCCUAAAAGAGCCUACAGCUCUGAACCCGCCAUAGGGGAUCAGUACAUGUCCACCUCAUCAGAACACCUCUACCCUCCUAAGCCCAAUACAAGAGUGGUAGUUGCCAAGUUUCCUAUGGGUGCUGUGGCCGUGGGGGAGCUUUUAGAGCUUGGCAAACCAUUCGGCACAAUUGUGAAACACCUGGUGUUCCCAGCAAAGGGAUUUCUGGAGUUUAGUGCUCACAAGGAGGCUCAGAAUAUGGUCAAUCACUUCCAAUUGAAACCAGCCUUUAUAAAGGAGAACACAGUAUUCCUCUACUUAUCACCAACAGUGGAAGGCAUUUAUACCCCACCCAAGUUUGAUGCGCCUUCACCGAAGCGAACAAAGCGUUCGAAUGUGCCUUCGGUGGUUUGUUUUUGCCGUUUGCCUCCCGGGGAGGGCGUCGAGGCUGAAGUGCUGGAGCUUGCAGGCAUGUUUGGUGAGGUGUUGCAGUCAAAGUUCUCUGACUGUAAGGUGAGGAUUACCAUCUUGAAGAAACUCAAGAGACAGAGAUACCCUGAAAAGGCAGAAGAGAGAGAGUCAAAAAAGGACACAAAAGAAAUUAAACCAAGGACAGAAAAUGACCGGAACCAGCAGAGUUCUUGUGUCGGUGUCGGCGGGGGUCCGGUUUGUGAAAGUAAAGGUUCAGAAGACGAUAGUCAGCUGGAGAAAACCCCUCUGAGCCCUUAUCAGCCAGACCAGAUUGUGGGUGUGAACUACGUCAUCCCAGUAACUGGUUUCUUCUGCAAGCUGUGUAACAUGUUCUACACUGACGAGAAAAGAGCAAAAUCAGAGCACUGCCGCAGCCUUGAACACUACAACAACCUCAAGCUUAAACAUGCUGAAGUGGUGGAAGAGGCAGAUGGACACCCAGAUGGCUGAGUCAAAGAAGACAAAGACAUUGUUCUUUGCAUUGGUUUUUGUUUUUAUUUGUUUUCAUUCCACUUAGUUUCAAUAUUCUUACUGUUCAGAUGUUUUGUUUUUCAGAGCGCUAUAUGAGUGAGUGAGUGUGUGAGAGACAGAUGUGCGUGGACAAAAUUGUGAAGCCAUUGUGAUGGUUUGGAUGUUUAACAGUAAACAGAAUGAACAUGUAUAUCAGCUGAAGGAGAGCGUUACGCUAAGCUCUUGAAAUAAACUCAAGUUUGUUUACUGUCACCUA